GGGGGGAGAGAGUGGUGGUGGUGGGGGGGCAACGCAGGAGCAGCCACAAGCCGCCCGCCCGCUUCACCCAUCGAGUCUCCGCCGGCUCUUGCGAAGGAUGGGAAACGCUGCGACAGCCAAAAAAGGCAACGAGAUCGAGAGCGAGACCUUUGUGAAAGAGUUCUUAGCAAAAGCCAAAGAAGAUUUCUUGAGAAAAUGGGAAAGUCCACCACAGAACACUGCAGGCCUAGAUGAUUUUGAAAGGCAAAAAACACUUGGAACGGGUUCUUUUGGAAGAGUUAUGUUGGUGAAACAUAAAGGCACGGAACAGUACUACGCCAUGAAGAUACUGGAUAAACAAAAAGUCGUCAAACUGAAGCAAAUAGAACACACACUCAAUGAGAAGAGAAUAUUGCAAGCAGUCAAUUUCCCAUUUCUGGUGAAGUUGGAGUAUUCCUUCAAGGACAACUCUAAUUUAUAUAUGGUAAUGGAGUACGUGCCAGGGGGUGAAAUGUUUUCGCAUCUUAGAAGAAUUGGAAGGUUCAGUGAACCUCAUGCACGAUUUUAUGCAGCCCAGAUAGUCUUGACUUUUGAGUACCUCCAUUCAUUAGACCUCAUCUACAGAGACCUGAAGCCCGAAAACCUUUUAAUUGACCAACAGGGGUAUAUCCAGGUCACCGAUUUUGGUUUUGCAAAAAGGGUAAAGGGCAGAACUUGGACACUUUGCGGAACUCCAGAAUACUUGGCACCAGAGAUUAUUCUCAGCAAGGGCUAUAACAAAGCGGUGGACUGGUGGGCAUUGGGCGUUCUAAUCUAUGAAAUGGCGGCUGGCUACCCUCCAUUCUUCGCAGACCAGCCGAUACAGAUCUACGAAAAGAUCGUCUCUGGAAAGGUACGGUUCCCUUCUCACUUCAGUUCAGACCUGAAAGACCUGCUGCGGAACUUGCUGCAGGUGGAUCUGACCAAACGAUAUGGGAAUCUCAAAAACGGUGUGAACGACAUCAAGAACCACAAAUGGUUUGCCACCACGGACUGGAUUGCCAUUUACCAGAGGAAGGUGGAAGCUCCGUUCAUCCCCAAGUGUCGGGGCCCGGGCGACACCAGCAACUUCGACGACUACGAAGAGGAGGACAUCCGUGUGUCUUUAACCGAGAAAUGCGCAAAAGAAUUUGCUGAUUUUUAGAGAGAAAAGAGAACGAGACCAUCAGGGCUAUUGGGAUCUCCGUACUGUGCUAACAGAUGGGGUGGAGCUGACACCAUCUUACUCAUCGAAACAAUUACCCAGUUUCUUCAUUCCACAAGCCUGAGAUCCCCACUUGCCAUAUAGUUCAUGUGCACAGUUGCACAGCCCACUUACUCACACACACACACGCGCACACGCACACACACACGCGCACACA